AUGCGCUCCCGGACCCUGCUGGCCGCCCUGUGCCUCUGGCUGCUGCCCGGCUCCGCCGCCUACUUCGGGUCAGCGCCGCCCGCGGUCCGGUCCGGUCCCGUCCCGCUCCCUGCGCCCGCGGUGGGGUCCGGCUCCCUGGGUGGGGCGGUGCGCUCCGCGGGGCUCCGGCGGGGAGGUGGCAUCGCCGCGCAGCCUGGGGCUCCGGAGCGCUUGCGGGGAGGCAGCCGGCGGGGCUCUGGGUGCCCCUGCCCCGGGCUUGUCCGCUCCUUGAGCGGAGCCUGGCCGCCUGCGCCUGCUCAGCGCCGAGCACCGGGCAGCCCCGAGUCCCCCGCGCUGAACUGCCUGACUGGGAAGGAAGGUCUGACCCAUCUUCCCUCACUGGGCCCCUCUGCGAACCCUGCCCAAGGGAAGGCACACCUGAAGCAGUGUGACUUGCUCAAGCUGUCCCAUAAGCAGAAGAGGCUCUGCCAGCGGGAGCCGGGGCUGGCGGAGACCCUGCGGGAUGCCAUCCGGCUCAGCGUCAUGGAGUGCCAGUACCAGUUCCGCAACGAGCGCUGGAACUGCAGCCUGGAUGGACGGACUAGCCUGCUGAAGAGAGGUUUUAAGGAAACUGCCUUCCUGUAUGCAGUGUCCUCUGCGGCGCUUACCCACUCCCUGGCCCGGGCGUGCAGCGCUGGACGCAUGGAGCGCUGCACCUGCGAUGACUCUCCGGACCUGGAGAAUCGUAAGGCCUGGCAGUGGGGAGUAUGUGGUGACAACCUCAAAUACAGCACCAAGUUCCUUAAAAACUUCCUGGGCCAGAAGAAGAUCGGCAAAGACCUGAGGGCUAAGGUGGAUAUCCACAACACUAACGUGGGCAUCAAGGCCGUGAAGAAUGGUCUCAAAACCACGUGCAAGUGCCAUGGUGUCUCGGGCUCCUGUGCCGUGAGGACCUGCUGGAAACAGCUCUCCCCUUUCCAUGAGACUGGCAAGAUCCUCAAGCUGCGCUUUGACGAUGCUGUCAAGAUCUUCAGCGCCACGAACGACGCUGUGGGGCACUCUGAGCUGGUGGGCACGCAGAGACGCAGCCACUCCCCCAAAAGCCCAGCUACUCCACGCUCCACGGAUCUGGUGUACGUGGAGGACUCUCCCAGCUUCUGCCGGCCCAGCAAAUACUCGCUGGGCACUGCCGGAAGGACAUGCUCCCGGGAGGCCAGCUGUGACAGCCUGUGCUGUGGGCGUGGCUACAAUACGCAGAGCCGGAUGGUCACCUUCUCUUGCCACUGCCAAGUGCAGUGGUGCUGCUAUGUGGAAUGCCAGCAGUGCAUGCAGGAGGAGGUGAUCUACAGCUGCAAGCAGUAG